CAGGUGAGCACCGCUUCCGGGGUCGGGCGCCUGGAUUGCGACCGGCUCCCGCUCCCCUUCAAUCGGGUGCGCGGGAGACUAUGGCGUCCUCGGUCCCGCCAGCCACCGCACCCGCGGCAACAGCGGGUCCAGGCCCGGGCUUCGGCUUUGCCUCCAAAACCAAGAAGAAGCAUUUCGUGCAACAGAAGGUGAAGGUGUUCCGGGCGGCCGACCCGCUGGUGGGCGUGUUCCUGUGGGGCGUAGCCCACUCGAUCAAUGAGCUCAGCCAAGUACCUCCCCCGGUGAUGCUUCUGCCAGAUGACUUUAAGGCUAGCUCUAAGAUCAAGGUCAACAAUCACCUUUUCCAUAGGGAAAAUCUACCCAGUCAUUUCAAGUUCAAGGAAUAUUGUCCCCAGGUCUUCAGGAACCUCCGUGAUAGAUUUGGCAUUGAUGACCAGGAUUACUUGGUGUCCCUUACCCGAAGUCCCCCGAGUGAAAGUGAAGGCAGUGAUGGCCGAUUUCUCAUCUCCUAUGAUCGAACUCUAGUCAUCAAAGAAGUAUCCAGUGAGGACAUUGCUGACAUGCAUAGCAACCUCUCCAACUACCAUCAGUACAUUGUGAAGUGCCAUGGCAGCACACUGCUGCCCCAGUUCCUGGGGAUGUACCGAGUCAGCGUGGAUAACGAAGACAGCUACAUGCUUGUGAUGCGCAAUAUGUUCAGCCACCGACUUCCUGUGCACAGGAAGUAUGACCUCAAGGGUUCCCUAGUGUCCCGGGAAGCCAGCGAUAAGGAAAAGGUUAAAGAAUUGCCAACCCUUAAGGAUAUGGACUUCCUCAACAAGAACCAGAAAGUGUACAUUGGUGAGGAGGAGAAGAAAACAUUUCUGGAGAAGCUAAAGAGAGAUGUGGAGUUUCUAGUGCAAUUGAAGAUAAUGGACUACAGCCUUCUGCUGGGCAUUCACGACAUUAUCCGGGGCUCGGAACCAGAGGAGGAGGGGCCUGUUCGGGAGGACGAGGCAGAGUGGGAUGGGGACUGUAAUCUGACUGGACCUUCUGCUCUGGUGGGCUCUUACGGCACCUCCCCUGAGGGGAUUGGAGGCUACAUUCAUUCCCAUCGACCACUGGGACCUGGAGAGUUUGAGUCCUACAUCGAUGUCUACGCCAUCCGGAGUGCUGAGGGGGCCCCCCAGAAGGAGGUGUAUUUCAUGGGCCUCAUUGACAUCCUGACACAAUAUGAUGCCAAGAAGAAAGCAGCUCACGCAGCCAAAACUGUCAAGCAUGGGGCAGGGGCAGAGAUCUCUACUGUCCAUCCUGAGCAGUAUGCUAAGCGAUUCCUGGAUUUUAUUACCAACAUCUUUGCCUAAGAGCCUGUGUGACUCCAUGGUGAUGGCUGCUUCACAUUCAAGGUGGCAGGGUUCUGAGCGGCUUGGGGGAAUUGUGGAUAUUUUGGCCACUACUUCUCUUCCUCCUAUGCUGAAUUCAGGCUUUCAUCCAGAUAUCUCCAUCUUGUUGAAUAGGCUUUUCUUGGUCCCCAGAAAUACAUUGCUCUUUCUCCCUUCUGUCCAUUUUUGCUCCUUCUCUCCCUCCCUCCAGCAAGCCCUCUUGCUUCAUUAGAGUGUUACUGUUGACUCUCCCAAGUGCCUUGAUCUUUGUAAAAUAUCCUAUUGUUUCUAUAAGAUAUGAGGUGUAGGGAGGGGGGCAGUUUGCCAUCUUCAAGACCUGACUGGACAGAUGGACCUGGCUCAAGAAACUACUUGGUGCACUUUGCUCCAUGGAAUGAACUGAAAGUGUCAGAAUUUGCGGGUAACUUUAUAGAACUCACUAGUGUAUUUCCUUCCUGGUAGGCCCCGGGAUGGAAGAUUUUUGGGAUACUACAGACGUAUGCACACAUGAUAGAAAAUGGCCUAUCUAACACGUGGAGGUGGGAUGGGGAGUGGUCAGCAGGCUGGCACCUCACAGAGACAGGGACCUAAGAGGACUUUGGUGACUAUGGAGUGCAUUGGAGAAGGUCGCUGACAAAGAGUGAUUACUCUCCAGUCUUCUCCCACCCCAUUCCUACUUCCAUCUGCAUCCAUUUGCACAUCUGAGUACAGACACAUCAUGCAAAUCUGGGUACAGACACCCAGGCAUGGCCAGGAGUGUCUGAACCUGGGUGAAGGUGUUUGACUACUGCUGCGUGAACCAGAACCUCAUCCUUUCCUGGAGUUGGAAGUCUUCAAUGGGUGUGGCCAGUUCUGGAGGCUGGAAUGAUGGGCCAGUGUACAGCUCAUUUCCGUAUUCAGUUUCCUUUCUUCCUGGCUAGCUGUCCCCAAGGUUUAUUUCCAGCAAGAAGGACUAUCUCUCGGGUCAGUUCUGGUCAUUUCAACAGGAUGGAGGUCUCAAGUGUGGGAACCUCCCUGAAUGUGUGCAGCUAGCAUACUUCCUUCUGCCCUUUCUCAGACCCUUUUUUUCAGCUGGAUUUGUUUUCAUUCUGCUCUCUUCUGUCCCAUCUUAUACUGCUACUGUGUCUCCCAGGGGACAGAUGGACUUCUUUGUCAUCUUCACUCUCCUCCCCCAGAGAGGAGUCAGAGCCAUAACUCAAUCACCCAUCCACUUCCAAAGCUAGCUGAAUUAAUGGGUGAUACUCUCAGAAUGUAGAGGACCCUGAUGUAAUGAGAUAGGUGUCCUUCCCUCCCUCCAUUGCCUUUGGGGCUCAGAUACUCGUUCUUAGUAUCUCCCACCCCCUGGAAGCAUCUACAUUUUUUUCACAUAAAGACGGGCACCAGCAACUGGCCUGUGGGGAUGCAAAGCUGUUUUGCUCUGUGUCUGGCUGGACUAACCAGUCUCACAAGAAGGUAUGAGAUCAUAAGGGAGAAACUGCCUUCGUUUCACCUUCUGCUUCAAAGGAGAUAGCAAGAGAAGUCUCCAGUGUUGGGUUGGAGCCCCUGUAAUAUCUUCCUGUCCUGCACCUGCUGGGUCUUUUCCAUUCCCGUCAUCUACCUUUCCCCUGUUGAAUGCAAAAAAACUUCGUGACACCAGCAGCUGUUGCUUUUUAAAACUGGGGUUUACUGAUUAUGCGGCUGAUGUAUCUUAGGCAGUAUAAUCUUCAUUUGUUGCUUCUGUUUUUCACCUUUUUUGUUUUAUUAAUAAAAGAUCUUAAUGUAUUUACUCCCAUCACAAUACAAAAAUAAAUUAUUCAAUCCAA